AUGCUCAAAAAAGAAAACAAGUCUGACCCUUAUGAUCCUUAUGAUCCUUAUGUUCCAAAUGUACAAUCUGUAGCAGCAACACAGCAAAAAAAUGAGAAAGUAAACAAGGUCAAGGCACAAGUUGAUGCAGUAGUUGAUGUUAUGAAAGACAAUAUCGAAAUGGCCAAGAAUCGUGGCGUUAAGCUAGAAGAUAUAUCCAAACAAACAGAAAAACUAGAGAAAGACGCCAGUAAUUUUCGUAGAAGUGGAAAUGAGGUUCGCAAGAGGAUGUGGUGGAAGGACUUGAAGUGGAAAAUUAUCAUUGCCUUGACCAUCCUAAUUAUUCUUGGUGUCAUAAUUGCUUCCAUUGUUGUCACACAGAAAUCUUGUGCAUUUAAAGCAUUGGUUAUGAAGUUUGGAUCUGUUUAUCUUUAA